GUUCACAGAGCAAGGAGGAGGCAACGAGUCAGUCUGGCCAUCCUGUCUUCCCCUUCCCAACACCAUGGGGAAAGACUGGUUGUCUCAUCUAGGUCUUGUCCUGUUGUUCCUCUCCUCAGUCACUGGAAUCAAUGGAGAACCUCACUACUUGGUCCUAGUCCCCUCUCUGCUUCAUACCGAGAUCACUGAAAAAGUGUGUCUGUUUCUGAGCAACUUGAAUGAGACAGUGACUGCAAGUGCUACCUUGGAGUUCAACAGGCUUAAUGGCAGUAUCAUACUCAGUCAUCAGGUGGACAAGAAGGAUGCAGUCCUCUGCCUGCCUUUCACUAUCCCAAGAUUAUCAAAACUCUCGGAGGUGGCAUUCUUCACUGUGCAGGUAAAUGGUCCAACCCAGAUGUUCAGUAAACGGAAGACGGUGCUGGUGAAGAACUCAGAGAGUCUGGUCUUUAUCCAAACAGACAAGCCUAUCUACAAGCCAAGACAGACAGUUCAGUUUCGCAUUGUCUCUGUGGAUGGAAAUUUUCGCCCCCUGAAUGAGCUGUUUCCAGUGGUAUACAUUGAGGACCCCAAAAGGAAUCGUAUCAUGCAGUGGCAGAACCUCAACUUAGAGGGAGGUCUCAAGCAGCUCUCCUUCCCCCUCUCAUCAGAACCGCUCCAUGGCUCCUACAAAGUGGUGGUGCAGAAGGAAUUGGGAGGAAGUAAAGAACACUCCUUUAAGGUGGAUGAAUUUGUGCUGCCCAAGUUUGAGGUGCAGGUCAAGGUGCCAAAUAAAAUAACAAUCUCGGAUGAAGAACUUACAGUGUCAGUGUGUGGGCGAUACACUUAUGGGGAGCCUGUUUCAGGUCUGGCAAGUGUGAGUGUGUGCAGGAAGUACUCAGAGUAUUCUAAUUGCUAUGGCCAAGAGUCAGAGAAUGUGUGUGAGGAAUUCAGCAAGCAGCUAGAUGGUUUAGGUUGUGCAUCCCAAAAAUUAAAGACCAAAGUUUUCCAAUUGAAGAGAAAUGAGUUUGAGAUGAAACUUCAUGUGACUGCCAAGAUCACAGAGGAAGGGACAGAAAUGGAAUUGACUGGAACGGGAUCCUGUGAACUCACGGAUGUUAUAAGCAAAGUUUCAUUUGUGAAUGUGGAUUCACACUACAGGCAUGGAAUCCCUUUCUUUGGGCAGGUGCUCCUAGUGGAUGGGAAGGAUGAGCCCAUCCCAAAUGAACAUGUUUCUAUCACUGUGAUGGAAUCUAACCAAGACUUCAUCAAAAACUAUACCACUGAUGCACAAGGCUUGGUACAGUUCUCAUUUGACACUGACAACUUCACUUCUCCCUCCAUCAGUCUCACAGCCAAAUACAAAGAAAGGAUGCAGUGCUAUGGAUACAUGUGGAAAAUGGUCCAGCACCACUCAGCACACCAUACUAUAAAGCAUGUUUUCUCCUUAAGUAAGAGCUAUGUCUACAUUGAACCUGUAUUUAGUACGUUGACCUGUGGCCAAAACCAGGAGAUCCGGGUGCACUACAUCCUGAAUGGACAGGCCCUGAAGGAACUGAAGGAGCUUACCUUCUAUUACCUGUUCAUGGCCAAGGGACUUAUUGUUGGAACAGACACCGUUGUGUUGCCUUUGAAGCCAGGAGACAUGAAAGGGACAUUUCUCUUUAGCAUCCCCGUGGAAUCAACCUCUGCUCCCAUUAUGCGGGUUCUCAUCUAUACCAUUUUACAGAAUGGAGAAGUUGUUGCGGAUUCUAAGAAGUUUAACGUUGAAAACUGUUUUGCCAACAAGGUAGAUUUAAGCUUUUCAUCAGCAAAAAGCCUUCCAUCCUUGGAAACCCACCUGAAGGUACAAGCCUCUCCUCAGUCCCUCUGUGCCCUGCGUGCAGUGGAUGAGAGUGUUCUUCUCCUCCAUCCUGAAGAAGAACUUACUCCUCAGAUGCUAUAUGAACAGCUGUCUGUGAAGGAUCUUACUGGAUUCCCUAGUGAUCUAAAUGUACAAGAAGAAGAUAUUGGAGAAUGUACCUCUUUCAAGAACAUUUUUAUUAAUGGAAUCACUUACUCCCCUGUAUCGAAUAGUGAAGAAGACGAUGCUUACAACUUCCUAAGAGAUAUGGGCUUGAAGGUAUUCACUAAUGCACAGGUCCAGAAGCCCCAUUUAUGCUCAUACCAUCCCCGGCAUAUGUCAUAUGAACACCCAGGCAUUGGGGGCUAUGAAGAGAGGAGCUAUUCAUUCGUUCCUUUAGGUGUGGCGUCUUCACCGAGAUUUCACACACAGAACCUGGUUAUGGUAGAAGAUAGGGCCCCCGCUGAGACUGUGAGAAAGCAUUUCCCUGAGACUUGGAUCUGGGACUUGAUAACAGCAAAUUCAGCAGGUGAGGCUGAAGUGGUAGUCAAGGUCCCUGAUACCAUCACUCAAUGGAAGGCUGGAGCAUUCUGCCUGUCGGGAAGCACAGGACUUGGCCUCUCCCCUACAGCCUCUCUCAUAGCCUUCAAGCCUUUCUUUCUGUCUCUCACCCUACCCUAUUCGGUGAUUCGUGGAGAGGCCUUUACCCUCAAGGCCACUGUCUUCAACUACCUGCCUCACUGCAUCCGGGUUAAAGUACAGCUGAAAGACUCUCCCACAUUCUUGGCUGUUCCCAAGGAAGAAGGGGAUGCGUCUCACUGUGUCUGUGGAAAUCAGCAUCAAACAUUUUCAUGGGCUGUAACUCCCAAUUCAUUAGGAAAGUUGAGUUUCACUACAAGUGCCGAAGCGGUGGAAUCCCAGGAACUGUGUCAUAAUGAGAAGGCUAAGGUUCCUGAGAGCGGAAGGAAGGAUACAGUCAUCAGAGAUUUGCUAGUCGAGCCUGAAGGAAUUGAAAAGGAGGAGGCUUUCAACUCUAUGCUUUGUCCAACAGAUGCUGAGCUGUCUGAACAAAUAUCCCUGAAUCUCCCACCAAAUGUCGUGGAGGGAUCAGCCAGAGCCUACUUCUCAGUUUUGGGUGAUAUCCUUGGAUCUGCUGUGAGAGACACACAAAAUCUCCUCAAGAUGCCCUAUGGCUGUGGAGAGCAGAAUAUGGCCCUGUUUGCUCCCAACAUUUAUGUCCUGGAUUAUCUGAAUCAAACAAAACAGCUAACACCAGAAAUCAAGUCCAAGGCAGUUGGAUUCCUCCAAAGUGGUUACCAGCGGCAGCUGAACUAUAAGCACCCAGAUGGCUCCUACAGCACCUUCCCCCAUAGCGAGAGUAAUACCUGGCUCACUGCCUUUGUGCUCAAGUCUUUUGCACAGUCUCGGCCAUACAUCUUCAUAGAUGAAGAUCACAUCAACCAAGCCCUCAUUUGGCUAUCACAGAAACAGAAAGAAAAUGGCUGUUUCCAAAGCUCGGGUUCACUGCUGAACAAUGCUCUUAAGGGUGGGGUAGACGAUGAAUUGACCCUCUCUGCCUACAUCACCAUCUCUCUGCUGGAGAUACCUCUUCCUAACUCUCAGUCAAUUGUCCGGAAUGCUCUUUUCUGCCUGGAGUCAGCCUGGAAGACACAACAAAAUGGAGUCCACAGGAGCAAUGUCUACACAAAAGCCUUGUUGGCCUAUGUCUUUGCCCUGGCGGGAAAUCAAGACAAAAGAAAAGAGGUGUUAGUAGCAUUGGAGAAGGAAGCUGUGAAGAAAGAUGACUCUGUCCACUGGGAGCGCCCAGAAAGACCCCAGACGCCAGCAGGACCCUACUCCUAUCACUCCCUGGCUCCUUCUGCUGAAGUGGAGAUGACUUCCUAUGUGCUCCUUGCUUACCUUACUGGCUCUCCUAUCCCAUCACCUGAGGACCUUUCGAUGGCAUCUCAGAUUGUGAAAUGGAUCUCCAAGCAGCAGAAUCCUAAUGGGGGAUUCUCUUCUACUCAGGACACCGUAGUUGCGCUCCAAGCCCUGUCCAGGUAUGGAACAGCUACUUACAGUAAACGUGGGAAACCUGCAGAGGUGACUAUCCAAUCUUCUGGAGGCUUUUCUGAAAAAUUUCAAGUGGACUCUGCCAACCGCCUACUCCUACAGCAAGUCCCAUUGCCAGGGGUCCCCAGAGAGUACACUGCCGUAGCGAAAGGGGAAGGAUGUGUGUAUCUUAAGACAUCCUUGAAGUACAAUGUCCAUGUGAAGAAAGCAGACUCUCCAUUUCAUCUGUCAGUAGAGACCAUUCCCCCGACCUGUAAUUCUGCAAAAGUCCACAAAACCUUCCAGAUCUCAUUUAAUGCCAGUUACAAAGGAAGUCGUCCUGUCUCCAACAUGGUGAUUAUUGAUGUGAAAAUGGUGUCAGGUUUCAUCCCUGUGAAACCAUCAGUGAAGAAGCUUGUAAAAUCUGGUCACCUGAGCAAGACAGAAGUGAGCACCAAUCAUGUCUUACUUUAUGUAGAAAAGAUGACCAAUGAGACGUUGUCCUUUGCCUUCACUGUGACCCAAGAUAUCCCAGUAAAAGACCUGAAGCCAGCUGUGGUGAAAAUCUAUGAUUACUAUGAAACAGAUGAAUUAGGUGUCACUGAAUACCAUGCCCCCUGCAGCGCAGACGGAAAUGCCUAAGAUCCACAUCUAAGCACAAGACUUAGAAGAGUGGGUUUCCAACCUCUCCUAACCCAGAAAAUAUUAGUUGUUGUUUUUGGUUUUUUUCAGCAAAAAACAAAAUCUUGUUGAAUAAAUGUUUGUAUAGAUUCAAUCACUA